AUGGUGUUGAUUAUUCGAAAGAAAAAAAAUGGAUUUUUAAAGUCAAGUUUCAUAUUUUUUAUCUUUGUACCUUUUAUAUAUUACAUUAGUUUUCAUCAUCAUCAAUCAUUGAAUAUUCCACGAAAUGAAACAUCUUUAAAUCUAUAUAAAUAUAACGAAUUACCUAUACAAUGGAAUAAUCAUCCACGAGGUGUAAUUGUUACACUUAUGCGUAGUACUAAUCAUUCGAUAUUUCGUAUUAUCAAUAUGAUUCAUUCUAUCGUGCUAUUUCAUUCAACUAAUGAUCAAUUUCAAUAUCCUUUUCUUAUCUUUCAUGAUCAAAAUUUUACUUUAAGUAUGCGUCAAUAUAUUUUAUCAUGUGUAAAUAAUCAUAAGAAAAAAUUACAUAUUUCAUUUAUUCGUCUUAAUUUUCUAACAGACGUUCAAUUACCUGAUAAAUUUAUUAGAAGAAGAAAACUUGGUUAUCAUCAAAUGUGUCGAUUUUGGUCGUAUGAUGUUUUUUAUCAUCCAGCAAUAGUUAAAUCGAAUUAUGAUUAUUUAAUGAGAAUGGAUGAUGAUUCAUAUUUUUGGAAUAAAACUAAAAUAGAUCUUUUUCACUAUAUCGAUGAAAAAAAACUGGAUUAUAUUUAUCGAUCAUGGUAUGAUGAAGAUAAUCAAGCAUUAUUUCCAAUUGAAAAACAAUUUUUCAAUCGAAAAAAAUCUCGAACAAAUUGUAUUUAUAAUAAUUUUUUUAUUAUUCGAUUACAAUGGUUGUACAAAUCCGGAAGAGUAUUACGUUUUUUACAUGAAUUAAUUCGAGAUGAUCUAUUACUUCGAGAAUAUAUUGGUGAUGGAUGUAUUCAUGCAGCUAUGCUUGACAUCGAUCGAGAAGUUAAAACAGAACAAUUAAAACAGCUUCCUUAUGGACAUAAUCAUCAUAUAAUGUUGAUCAAUCGUGAAGGUCCUUAUUUUAAUCCUUCAAUGAAUUUUUCUCAAGCACUGACAAACUCAUGUAAUCAAUUAAUAUUUAUUAAUGAUAAUACGACUGAAAUAAAACGAAUUAAAAUAUAA